CUUGUUUUAUUAAAACAACGCUCUACAUCAGAACGAUGGAAGUUGGGAAACCUCCUUAAAACCCUACGGGCUCACGGUCGUGUUCAUCCUCAUUUCAUCUUUGUCGAAACCAUGAGCAAGUCGAGCUCAUCGCUGUACAGUCGCCUCCAUGGAAUCUUCAACUCAUCUCCGACAGCGACUCUCAAGCCCGCUCGAAGUCCGAACCGAAGCAAGCCCAGAAAUCUUGUUGGAAAACCGAAGGAACCCUCCGCUUCUCCCGCCUCCGCCGCCGCCGCCGGCGACAGCGGCAAAUCUUCCAUUGAUGCCAAGGAGAAGACACUAAGGAAGCAAUUAGAGAAAUUCAAAAAGUCCUGCGAGUCCGAUGAUUUCAGGCAAGUUCAUGGGAUCUACUCAGCGUUUGUCCGCCGCCUCAAAGGCGAGAGGAAAUUCUCGAUGAUCGACGAAGCUUUGCAGUAUCAGAAGAAGUUCGAAGACAUAAAGUCCGAGGAUUUUGUUAUUCGGAUGAUGCUCCUUUAUGGGUACUCAGGAAUGGCGGAUCAAGCCCACAAGUUGUUCGAUGAAAUGCCUGAGCUAAACUGUGAACGAACCAUCAAAUCGUUCAAUGCGCUUCUGUCGGCCUAUGUAAACUCUAGGAAGUACGAUGAGGCCAUGAAGGUGUUGAGAGAGUUUCCGGAGAAGCUGGGGAUAACUCCGGAUUUGGUCUCGUACAACACCAUGAUCAAGGCCUUUUGCCGUAAAGGCUCUUCGAGUGAUGUAUUAUCUAUUUUUGAGGAGCUGGAGACAAACGGGUUCGAGCCUGAUCUUAUCACUUUCAACACUAUGUUCGAAGCAUUUUAUAGCAAGGGUUGGAUUUCAGAGGGAGACAAGCUUUGGGAUUUGAUGGAAAGUAGGAGUCUUGUUCCUAACAUUAGGAGUUAUAACUCGAGGGUGAGAGGAUUGGUCAAGAACAAGAAGAUUCCAGAUGCAGUUAGCCUGGUAGACGAGAUGAGAGGCAAAGGGAUCUCCCCUGAUAUUCAUACUUACAAUGCUUUGAUUUCAGCAUACCGUGGUGAUGACAACGUGGAGGAGGUGAUGAGAUGUUAUGAGGAGCUGAAGGAGAAAGGCCAUAGACCUGACGCCGUGACAUACUGCUUAAUUAUUCCGUUUCUUUGCCAGAAGGGCGACCUUGAUAGAGCCACUGAGGUGAGUAAAGAGGCCAUUAAGAGAAAGAUUCUUUCUCGGCCGGAUAUGUUCAAGCCGGCGAUUCAGGGUUUGGUUGAUCAAGGGAAGGUUGAUGAGGCCAUGGAGCUUGUGAAGAAGAGCAAGCUGCAGGGCUACUUCCGGUACAUCUCAGACUUGCCGAUUAAUAAAAAAUGAACAAAAUUAGGAUGUCGUUUAAGGCAAGACAAUAUUUGUUUAUUGGUCCAAUCUUAAAUAAUAAAAACAAUGCCUUGAUUAGAA